AUGCCUAACGCGAAGCGGCUCAAGGGCAGCGGCGCUGCCAAGGCCCGGCAGCCCAAGGAAGUCGGCCCGCAGGCCGAGGAUGGUCGCCCGACUCCUGCCGAGGUCGAGGAAGAGGAGCACGAGUUUGUGCAGCUGGCUCGGAAGCACUGGCUCAAACCUGGAAAGAGGGCGACCAGGCCAAAGGUCAAGAAUGAUGUCCUCAAGCAGAGCAUAUGGGACGUCCUGGAGAAGGACGGCUUCCAGUACAAAUCACUGCUUCUCCUCGAGAGCUUACAGGCUCUGGAAAGCUAUCUAUGGCCCGGUUACACUGGCGAUUCAUCAAACUACCAUGUCCUGUUGAUGGCCUUGAUAGCAAACGUCAAGAGGCGGGAGCACUUGGAAACAUGGAAUGUAUUCGAGGACAGACCCGACGACUUCUCCGCCAUGUUUCGCCGCAUCCUCUCCUUGAUGCUGGACCGUACCCUGUCCUCGGCCGUUCGAACCCACCUCGUUUGCUUCCUCAUUCAUGCCUUUCAAAGCCUCGACUGUGCCAUUGUCAGAAAAGAAUGCGCCCCCCUGGUUUCCAUCGGGAUCUGGCAAAAUACCUCGAGCGAAAAGCAGAGGGAGACGCUUCUCGACCAGGCCCCGCACCUGAGGAAAGCCUGGAGAGCUUCCCUGAAGCGCUACGAGGCCGCAGACGAGGCGACCAAGGCGCGGCUGCGUUUUGAGCGUUCCUGGCUCUAUUCCCUUCUCCUCGACUUCAUGAGUGUUCUCUACGACAGUGACCGUCGAUCAGAUGGAACUCUCUACUGCGAACGAUUUACCGAGUUCAUAUCGGAUUUGCAGAGCCAGCUGCCAACGAGGCGCUACGUCAAUGCUCUGCUACAAGAUUUGCACCUCCUCCCUGUCAUGAAGCUGUCGCCCCUCUACAAUGACGAGUCUAACGCGCUCUUGCGGGAGCUCCAUGGCCUUCUCUCCCACUACACCCAUUUCACGAUUAACGACCAAUCGGGCAUCCAGCUCACCCGCACCGAAGCCUACGACAUGCACUGCGCCUCAUUGAGCAAGUUGCAACGAGUGGCCUUGAAACACUUCAAAGAUCAGCUCACCGUUCUGGCCCUGUCAAACUACGGCGCCAUCGACAAAAGGGAUGAGCUUCAGUCGCUACUGGAGCCCUUGGCAGAUGACGACAUAGCUCGUCUCGUGUCCUUGCUGGGCAUGCGGUCAAGCUAUCCUGAAAGCCUGAAGCUGCCUGUUGACCGAAAGCUCUUGAUUGAGCUGGUCAUCAGCAGAUUUGAGCGCUGCAAAACCUUCCAAGACCUCGCCCAGGCUAUGACAGUCAUGCCAACAGAGCAGACGCUGUUUGACAGAGGCUUCCGGCGGGCUGAUGAAUACGACGGAUCGCGGCCCCUCGCCCUCCCAAAGUUGAACUUGCAGUACUUAUCCGCCGGCGACUUCUUGUGGAGAGCCUUGAUUCUUUUUCGCUGCGAGUCAUUCUAUGGAAUUCGCAAGGACAUUGAGACGGCCCUGCGCCGUCUGCGCCCAGAAUUCAGAGAGUCAGGAGAAACUCACUUUACGGGCUUCUCGAAAAUGGCCAUUCCGAUUUCUAAGCCAGCCGUGCUCGAAGCUGUUCCUCCGCUCGUUGGUGAUGAUCAGCCGUCCCUGGUCAAGGCUGAGGUUUCCAUCGACGUGCAGCGGAUGGGAGGAAACGUGCGACGAGAGUGGGACUGUUUGCGGCCCGACGACGUUGUGUUCUUGCUUGCCGUCGAGCCCUCUGCUGGACCGUCGGCGACGAAUGAUGACGAUCCCGAGUCGGAAAACACGAAGCUCGGAGUGCUUUCUGUGCGGACUGCAGAAAUAAUGCAGAUAACGGACGAAAAGGGCCGCCAUGCUAGGGAUGGUGGCGGAAAUCUGGACAAUAAGCGGCGUAUCCAGCUCAAGCUCGAUGCACAAGCAUACGCCAAGGACGCUGAGCGUGCAGCAGCGGGCAAGCCGGACGUGUAUGGGCGCAUGAAUCUGCUCCUCAGGCGGAACCGAAGAGAGAACAACUUCAAGCCCGUCUUGGAAUCGAUCCGCAAUCUCGUCUUGUCGGAAACGCCUCUGCCAAUGUGGCUCCACGAGGUGUUCCUUGGGUACGGGGACCCGGCGGGAGCGACUUACAAAAAUCUCGGCAACCGGAUCGAAAGGCUCGACUACCGUGACACAUUUCUCAACUGGCAACACCUUGUUGAAAGUUUACCUGGCAAGACCAUCGAGCCCGGUGACAACGUUGAGGGGAGCUUCGGUCCACCUUAUGUCCUGGAGGAAGCCGUCGAGUCGGGGGAGCCUCAGACCGCAAAGCCAUCCAAGAAACGUCGACGCGAUGUUGAACCCCCUUUGAAGACCGAGGUGGAGAGUUUAAAAGUUUCCACAUACACGCCUCCAAACAACGGACCAUAUCCUACCGAUGUGCCGCGAACCAACACCGUGCGAUUCACACCUGCGCAGAUAGAGGCGAUCAUGUCCGGUUCUCAACCGGGCUUGACCGUCAUUGUUGGCCCGCCUGGAACGGGAAAGACUGACGUCGCCACGCAAAUCAUCAACAACAUCUACCACAAUUUCCCAGAGCAGAAGACUUUGCUCAUAGCUCAUAGCAACCAGGCCCUGAACCAGCUGUUUGCAAAGAUUGUUGCUUUGGACAUCGACGAGAGGCAUUUGCUUCGCCUGGGGCAUGGAGAGGAAGAUCUAGACACGGAAGGGAGUUUUGGCAACCACGGCCGAGUCGAGUCCUUCUUGAACAACCGACAACGGCUCCUGCAAGAAGUGAAGAAGCUGGCCGUGAGCCUCGGCGCCCCGGGUGCCCAUGACAACUCGGCCGAGACAGCAGGCUAUUUCAACAAGGUGUAUGUGGAGCCAGUAUGGAUGAGGUUCUCGCAGGCUGUAGCGUCGGGCGAGCUGAGCACGCCGGACCUUGUACGAGAAUUUCCUUUCCACGGAUAUUUUGCCGACGCUCCUCAGCCCCUUUUCCCGCCAGAGGCCGACCGGGCGCAGGUGCUAGACAUUGCGCAAGGGUGUCAUCGUCACAUCUCCAGGAUCUUUUCGGAGCUGGCCGACAUACUUCCCUUUGAGAUUCUCCGGCGCGAGCGCGACAAGGCAAACUAUCUGCUCACCAACGAGGCUCGGAUCAUUGCCAUGACGACGACUCAUGCUGCCAUCAGAAGGACCGACAUCACUUCGUUGGGCUUCCACUACGACAAUGUUAUCAUGGAGGAGGCAGCCCAGAUCACCGAGGUGGAGACGUUUAUGCCUCUUGCCAUGCAAAAACCGGUCAAUGGUCAGAUGCGGCUCCAGAGAGUGGUCCUGUGCGGUGAUCAUUUCCAGAACUCGCCCGUUAUCCAGAGUUUGGCAUUCCGACACUAUGCCAACUUGGAGCAGUCGUUGUUCUCCCGUCUGGUCCGCCUGGGGGUUCCGACGAUUACGCUGGAUCAGCAAGGGCGAGCUCGGUCAUCCAUUGCAAAGCUCUAUGCAUGGCGAUACUCGAGGUUAGACAACCUUGCCGAUGUGCAAAGUCAGGCCGAGUUCCAGAAGGCGAAUGCCGGCUUCAAGUUUGAUUAUCAGUUCAUCAAUGUGCCCCCCUACAAGGGACAGGGCGAGGCGGAGCCGACGCCGCACUUCAUCCAGAACUUGGGCGAGGCAGAAUACGCCGUCGCGCUCUAUCAGUACAUGAGACUGCUGGGGUAUCCGGCCAACAAGAUUAGCAUCCUCACCACCUAUGCCGGGCAAAGGGCCCUGGUGAAGGAUGUGCUGUCCCACCGCUGCGCCGGAAACCCAAUUUUCGGGCUGCCCAAGGCCGUCGCCACGGUAGACAAGUACCAGGGCGAGCAGAACGAUUACAUCAUCCUAUCGCUUACCCGCACCUCGCGAGUGGGCUAUCUGCGCGAUGUGCGACGCAUGACGGUGGCCAUGUCGCGGGCCAGGCUGGGACUGUACGUGCUGGGUCGGCGCGAGGUGUUUGAGGCAUGCCCCGAGCUGCGGCCCGCGUUUGACAUGCUGCUCGCGAGACCAGACAAGCUGAUGUUGGUGACGAGGGAGUUGUGGCCGACGGAGCGACUCAACAGCGAGGAGGACUCGAGCGUGGAUGGCGAGGUUGCCAUGGAGAGCGUGGAGCACCUCGGGCAGUAUGUGUUUGAGAUGACGCAGACCAAGAUGAAGCAACUGCAGGGAGAAGAGGGCCUUUCAGCCAUGGAAACCAGCGGCGCGGUGGAUGAAGAGGCUGCGGAGGGGCAGGCUGCGGACUACGAUGAAGAUGAGGGGGUGUUGGAGCCAGACAUUCUGGAUGUGCGCGAGGGGGGGCGGAUGUAG